UAUCCUGAAACCUUGUUAGCCUAUCAAUGGCGCUCCCCUGUGCUCCGUCUCUAUGCUCUUCUACUCACCCUCCCUCAUCCCUCUCCUCUCUGUGCCAUCACCCCACUGAUGCUUCUCUUCACAUUCUCCAGCCCUCAUGUUCUCCUCCCUGCUGCUCUUUCCUCUCCAUUUCCAGCAGCAAGCACCUGCAUUCCCGUAUCCAUGCCUUCAAGGGGGAGGAGAGGAAGCGAGAGAUCCUUGAAAACUACGGUCUUGAUCCUUCAGAGUUCCUCCCUGAGGCUUCUCAUCCACAAAAGACUAGGAGGAGUAGGAUGGAGGCGGAGAAAGCUGGGAAAGGAAGGCGAGCGCCACCUCAGCCUGCUGAAACCCCAGAUCCUCCCAGAACUACACAUAGAUUGCUUCAGGUCUUAGGUGGAACAGCUCGUAGAAGAAAAUUACUCUCACCAAAGGGCAUGGAUGUUCGCCCAAUGAUGGAAGUAGUAAAGGGAGCGGCUUUUGGUAUUCUGCAGGUGGCUGGUGGUUGUCCUGCAUCAUUAAGGCCUGGUGGGCGCUGGUUAGAUUUAUAUAGUGGCACUGGAUCUGUUGGAAUUGAAGCGAUCAGCAGAGGGUGUUCAGAGGUACACUUUGUCGAGAUGGAUCCUUGGGUUGUUUCUGAAGUAUUGAGACCAAACUUAGAGUGUACUGGAUUUGUGGAUAAUUCAGUCAUUCAUACAAUGCGUGUAGAAAGCUUUUUGAAACAAGCUGAAGAAUCUAAAGGUAUGGACAAAUCAUUCGAUUAUGUCAGUGUUACUCCUCCCUAUACGGCAGUUGAUUAUGCUAUAUUGAUGGCACAACUUGAGAAUUCACCUGUUAUAGGAGAAGAUAGCUUCAUUCUUGUGGAGUACCCCCUAAAGACCAGUUUAUUGGAAUCUCAUGGCCAUCUCGUAAAGAUAGCUGAUCGGCGGUUCGGGAGGACAAAUUUGGCCGUGUACGGUCCCGUAUGGGCACAAAAGAAGAAGAAAUCAAAAUAGCAUCAGUUCCCCUCCACCCGAUCUCACUUCAAAACAAAAACAAGCUUCAUCUAAGAGGGUAUAUAUCAUCUAUACAAAACGAAUGAAUUAAUUGGAGAUAAAUGAUCUGAAAAAUAGUAAUUCGUGCCUGAAUUAUCCACGGCAACUUCAUAAUGUUUUCAACGAGUAGGCUGUAUUGUUAAUCUCUGUUUUCUUCUCGGCAGAGCUGCCAUUGAUGGAUGUUCAAAGAUGUUUUGCAGAAUGAAUAUCAGCAUUGAAGAAUAUCAUUAAGUUUUCCAGAAAGGCUCUAAUAUCAUCAGGUUUGAUCCUCUCAUAAAAAAAAAAUCUAAUGAGUUUCUUUUUUUUUUGUCUUUUUAAUGCUGUAAUUGAUUCAGAUUCAACGUUGAUUUUUCACUAUUUGUUUUCAUUGGUUUUCAUAUUAAGCGU